CUGCUAUAUUUCCCAUGGCUGAUCUCGUUUACUUCAACAUCGAUGAUGGUCUCGGAGAGGGUCUCGUAAGAGGUCUCCGUUCCGGCUUUCUCACAGCUGACGAUUAUCGUCGUAUUGCUAAUGGAGAAAAUUUGGAGGAUCUCCGAACAGCUCUCGAAGAUACAGACUAUGGCACUUUCCUCCAGGAUGAGCCUAGUCCUCUACAGGCUUCCACGAUUUUGCGCAAGUGCCAUGAGCGCCUCGCUGAGGAGUUCGACUACGUCAGAGCUCAGUCGGUUGGCGAGAUGGCUAAGUUCAUGGAUUAUGUCCGUCAAGAAGCUAUGAUCGACAACGUGGUGAUGCUCAUUCAGGGUACCAUAAACAACAAGAAUCCUAAGGAUCUUCUUGCCCGAUGCGAUCCCCUUGGCUACUUUGAGGAAAUGAAGACUAUCCCCGGCAUGGACUUCACCCACGGUUAUGAAGACCUCUACCGUACCAUCCUCAUUGAUACUCCUCUUGGACCUUACUUCGAAGAGUUCCUCAACUCCAAACAAGUUCACACUCACACUGAGGGUCAGGGCUCUGGUGCUCAAAGCGGUCCGAGCGGCGCUACUGCUGUUGUUCAACACGGUGAGGUCCAUAACGUCCUCACUGAGACCGACCUUGAGAUCCUUAGAAAUUUCUUGAAGAAGUGCUGGAUGGAGAGUUUCUACCGUUUCUGCAUGGACGGUAGUGAGAACAGCAAUACUGCGGAGGUCAUGGGUCACAUCCUGAGGACCGAAGCUGAUUACAGAGUUUUAAUGGUCACUCUUAAUGCCUUGAAUUCGCCCCUUGGCACUGCUCAGAACUUGGAUGAGCGUAACGCCCUAUAUCCCAAUUUCGGUUACUUGUAUCCUGAGGGAACUGACAAGCUCAUGAAGGCUACCUCUGACACUGCUGUUCGCGCUGCUUUAGAGCCCUACCUCAAGUAUGCUCAGCUGUAUGAUCAGUGCAAGCAGUUCUAUGAGCACGACUCGAAUGUCGACAAGACCAAUCAGGGUCGCUACAAGUCUAUUGAGGAUCUCUUGUACGUGGAGUCGGUACGCAUGUUCGAGAACUCUUUCGAGCAACAGUAUCACUAUGGUAUCAUCUACGCUUGGGUGAAGCUGCGUAUUCAAGAGAUGAAGAACAUUGAGUGGAUGGCCAAUAUGAUUGUCCUCAAGAAGAAGGAGCAUGUUGAGGAAAUUGUUCCUAUCUUCGCUCCUCGCGUGUAAAGAUGGCUUGUAGUGGCAGCAGCUGAUGAGGAUGAUCAUUCGCCAUCCUCGAUUCCAUAGGGAUAGUUAUGCUACCCUAGACUUUUGUUCAUCACUGCGUAGCUCCUCAUUAUCAUUAUGAUGGUGCAGCGCAGCAUAGAGGGAUUGGUGU